AUGACACUAUCCGACGACGAACGGGAUGGCAUAUUCGACAUUGACGAGGAGCUCGUGCCAGUACGAGAGCUCAAACAAGCAGGAGUGAUGGAAGUGGACUUUGAAGGCCUGUUAAAGACACCCCUAAGGUUGGAAGAAGAUCUUAGGGAGGGAUGUGGUGGUAUGUUGUGGCCUGCUGGUAUGGUUAUGGCAAAGUAUUUGCUUAGGCAGGAUAAAGAUGUGUUCAAGGAUAAGACGGUGAUCGAACUAGGUGCUGGAGGUGGUCUGGUCGGUCUUGCUGUUGCUUUGGGCUUUCAACUCGACCAUCCUCUACAUCUCACAGAUCAAAUCCCCAUGCUCGCCUUAAUGCAACGCAACAUUGCGCUCAACAACCUCCAAGACCAAGUCAAAGCAUCAAUAUAUGACUGGGGUGAGUCUGUGCCGGAAGGCAUACCUCAGCACCCGGACAUCAUUCUGGCAGCCGAAUGUGUCUACUUCGAGCCCGCAUUCCCUCUUUUGCAACAGACCAUGAAGGAUCUCAUUGGACCGAAUACGAUCUGCUACUUCUGCUUCAAGAAGCGCAGACGUGCAGACAUGAACUUUGUCAAGGUCAUGAAGAAGAUGUUUACGGUUGAGCUCGUUGAAGACGAUCCUGACAAACCGACUUGGUCGAGAGAGAAUCUGCAUUUGUGA